CGCUACCCAACCCAGACGUCGCUCCACGCCGUUGUCUAGGACACGUCCGACUGCCUGCCCCAACCCCCAGCACCAGCAGUCAUACCGCCACUACCGCCGGCCUUCGCUGAAGCUCCUCCGUGCACUCUCAUCUCGACACAGCAUCCCCGUCUUCCAAUAUGGCUUCCCGAGCACCUCCCGCUGGCGCCCGCGGCACCAACACCCGUUUUGCGCAAUUCAAGCUGGUUCUUCUUGGCGAGUCUGCCGUUGGAAAGAGCUCAAUAGUUUUGCGAUUUGUCAAGGACCAAUUCGAUUCUUAUCGCGAGUCUACUAUCGGCGCUGCUUUCCUCACCCAAACCAUUUCGCUCGACGAGAACACCACUGUCAAGUUCGAGAUCUGGGAUACGGCUGGUCAGGAGCGCUACAAGUCACUGGCUCCCAUGUACUACCGAAACGCCAACUGCGCUGUUGUUGUCUACGACAUCACCCAAUCCGCAUCACUAGACAAGGCAAAGGCGUGGGUCAAGGAGCUCCAACGCCAGGCAAACGAGAACAUCAUCAUCGCUCUUGCAGGAAACAAGCUGGAUUUGGUCACUGAGCAACCCGAUAAGCGUGCCAUCCCCACAGCCGACGCCGAGGCCUACGCCCGCGAGGCUGGUCUCCUCUUCUUCGAGACGUCGGCCAAGACAGCCGAGAACGUUGCGAACCUCUUCACAGCCAUCGCCAAGAAGCUUCCCCUGGACCAGGCCGGACCCCGACACGCUCGACCGGGCCAACGACCAGGAGUCAGUCUGGCUCCUGAGAAUUCCAACACCAACAUCAGCGGACCCUGCGCCUGCUAAAUGCCAUUCCGAGUUUGAGUCAUCGAGAUUAGAGGCAACCUUUCACUACGCUCCCGCGAAUUCACCACACAAGAGAGCUCGGCGCGGGUACAUGCAUAGCAGGUGUCAUUCACAGGCUCCGAUCCGAGUUGCUUAAUGAGCUGGGGCGCGUCACAUACUUACUGGAGUCUUUGGGUUUGGAGGGAAUCAGUUCAGUCCAUACUUUUUAAUACCGAACUUGAAUUUUGUCGUGCGGUGGUUUAGUUUGGGUGGUUCCCGAGUGCUUACCACUGCCCCAGUUCAGCACUUUGGGCGCCACGGAGAGAGAUAGAGUGGUUUGCGGGAUGAAUGAGCAGGAGAGUUUGUACAAGGCGCUCUGUAGCAUUCCCCUAUUAUGUUUUCAGCGUCUUAAUAGACCGCUGUUGUUAGAUCAAGGUGUGGACUGAAGCCA